GAGUGGUUAGUGCGUUACGCGAAAGGAAGGAUCAAUAACAAACACACAGCCUCUUCCUUCCAUAUCAUCUCUCUCUCUCUCUCUCUCUCUCUACAAUUCCACAUCAAAAUGGUUGACAAUGAUUCACACUCUGAAUUCCUCGCAUCUGCAGUCGAAGCUGCUCACAAAGCUGGUGACGUUAUUCGAAAAGCCUUCUACCAAACCAAACACGUCCAACACAAAGGAACGGUUGAUUUAGUCACUGAGACUGAUAAAGCAUGUGAAGAACUAAUAUUUAAUCAUCUCAAGGAGCUUUAUCCUACUCAUAAGUUCAUUGGGGAAGAAACCACAGCUGCUUUUGGCACUACAGAACUUACAGAUGAUCCCACAUGGAUUGUUGAUCCCCUGGAUGGAACUACUAACUUUGUACAUGGGUUCCCAUUUGUUUGCGUCUCCAUUGGUCUUACAAUUGGAAAAGUUCCAACAGUUGGUGUUGUGUACAAUCCAAUCAUUAAUGAGCUUUUCACUGCAAUCCGUGGACAAGGUGCAUUUUUGAAUGGGAACCCUAUAAAAGUAUCUUCACAAACUGAAUUGGUGAGCUCUCUUCUUGCAACUGAGGCUGGAACAAAACGUGACAAGGCUACACUAGAUGCCUCUACCGAUAGGAUCAAUAGUUUACUUUACAAGGUGAGAUCUCUUAGAAUGAGUGGGUCAUGUGCUCUGAAUCUUUGUGGAGUUGCAUGUGGAAGGCUUGAUUUAUUCUUUGAAACUGGAUUUGGUGGUCCAUGGGAUGUGGCAGGUGGUGCUGUCAUUGUUAGAGAAGCUGGAGGUGUUGUGUUUGAUCCGUCUGGUGCAGAUUUUGACAUAACAGCUCAGCGUGUAGCUGCUUCAAACCCUUUGUUGAAGGAUGCAUUUGUUGAUGCUCUGCGCCAAACGGAAUGAAAAUUGAAAUUUUUAUUUAUUUAUUAAUGAUAAACUAAAAAUAUGAUUGGUAUCCUAUUGAUUCCGAUACUAGUCGGUCUCUGUUAGUAUUUCAUUUACUUUUUCCAAAUAAUUAAAACCUCAAUUUUUGGUAU